CAAUAUUGCUCUGGAGGCUAAUUUUUACUCUGGCAAUAUCACCAGCCAGAGGAAAAUAGGCUGUUCACUGUAGGUGAUGAUCUGUGAAAAUCAGUGUAGACUCUUUCAAAAUUCAACCUUUCUGAAAUUUCCUUUUAGCUAGAGAAGUUUCUUUUUUGAAUUGUCACUUCCUAUUGGAGUUGCCAAAGAUUAAUCAAAGCUGCAUCUUUUCCAUCUGUUAUCUUUAACUGUCGUGAUUAUCUUUUCCAUCUCAUUUUCCAUUUCCAACAAGUAUAUAUUUACUUGUAUAAUCUCUGUUUUUAAUAAUCCUGAUCAUCAUAAUCAUCAUCAUGGCUUCUGAAUCCAAAGAAGUGCAGAUUGAUUUUUCUCCAUACCUUAAAGUCUACAAAGAUGGCACUGUAGAAAGAUUCUUUGGCUCUCCAUAUGUUCCUCCAUCACUUGAUGAUCCCAUCACUCAUAUUUCCACAAAAGACAUCAAAAUUUCAUCCAACGUUUCUGCAAGAAUUUACCUUCCCAAAAUCACUGAUCCUAACAAAAAGCUCCCAGUUUUAGUCUACUACCAUGGUGGUGCAUUUUGUCUGGAAUCUGCUCUCUCCCUUUUCGACUACCAAUAUCUCAAUCAAUUAGUCCCUAGAGCUAAUGCGUUGACAGUCUCCGUUGAGUAUAGGCUUGCCCCUGAACACCCAUUGCCUGCAGCUUAUGAAGAUUCCUGGGCUGCCCUUCAAUGGGUUGCCUCACAUUCUGUAAAGGGCUCUGAAAUCGAUAGCGAAAAAGAGCCAUGGCUGAUCAACUAUGGUGAUUUUAGUAGAGUGUACCUAGGAGGUGGUAGUGCUGGGGGGAAUAUAGUUCAUAACAUGGCUAUGAAAGCAGGGGAGGAAGGACUAAUUGGUGGGGUGAAAAUUUUAGGUGCAUUUAUGUCUUGUCCUUGUUUUUGUGAUUCGAAAAUCACGAAAGAAAGCGAUUUUGGAUCCGCUAGAUUGUGGGGGUUUGUUUAUCCUUCUGCUCCAGGCGGGACUAAUAAUCCACUGAUCAACCCUUUUGCUGAUGGUGUGCCUAAUUUAGCUAAGAUUGGGUGUCAAAAGAUCUUUGUUUCUUGUGCUGAGAAAGAUGAGCUGAGAGAUGUUGAUCUGAGUUAUGUUGAAGCAUUGAAGAAAAGCGGUUGGAAUGGUGAACUGGAGCUGGUUGAUGUUGAAGGUGAAGAUCACUGCUUUGAAGCAUUUGAUCCUUCUACUGAGAAAGCACAGAAUCUGAUCAGCAAGAUAGCUUCUUUUAUCAAGGGCUAAUUAAUCUUGUCAUACUCCUACUCCUAUACAUACAGAAAUAAAAUCAGAAGUCGCAGAGUACAUGGUAGAUAUAUCUUUGCCAGAGUUGAAGAAAGAGAUUUAAUAUCCGCUUUCUCCGCCAACAAACAAGACAAUUAUUUUGGGACGAGAUUAAGUAUCGUACUAGUCUUUUAUUGGAAUAUAAUAUUACCUUCAUGGCGUUACAUCUUCUAUAGAGUUUACUGUCCCUUUGAGUUCCGUGUCUAUGUAUCAAAGACAAAUUGUAUUGUAAGUUUGGAAAUAUAUAUGCAUGUUCAUCAUCAUUCACUUAAUCAGGGAACACAAUUAAUUAGUCUCAUCGGAAUCUUAAAAACUUAUACAUAUCCAUGUCAUUUACCAGGUUUUGAGAAGAAUUAUAUUACUAUUUGUGAUGUACGGUUGAAAACAAUACUAUUAUUGACUAUCAUCAGUAGACCUCAGUUUCUUUUUUCUGUAGACAAAAACAUGGUUAUGGUUGAAUUAGGCCUUAAAGACAGAUUGUUACUAUCCAUGGAUGUAUCACUCUAAUUUAGUUUUUUUUUGGAUAUUAUGAUUAUAU